UCUACUGAUUAAAAAUAAUAAUUUCCCAAUCGCUUUGUUCACUAGGGUUAGUGUUCAAGAUCGCGUUGUAUGUAUUAUUAACUAACGCAGGCGGUGCGAGCACGCAGUCAUUGAGUGAGGCAUCAUGGCAACGCGCGGGUGCCUGUUGCUGCUCUUUAUAGGCGCUUGCGCAGCGCACGACUGUCUCGAACUCACCCUCUCCGACCAAACUAUACUUACAGACUCUUUACUAAAUGGGACCAUUCUAAAACUCGCGACGAAAAAUGAAAGUUUGGACGAUAGUGUUCGAUUUAACGUCCUGGAACUAUGGGAUAAAUUCCCAAAGAUUGUGGUGCCGACGAAUGGGACGAGUGAGCAGUGCCGGAGAGAGAGCCAGGUGUACCUGGAUAGCUUGGACCGACUCGAGCUGUGGGCGCUUAAAAUGUUCGACGCGUCAGCCAAGCCACCAUCAGGUAUCCUGAGCGGCAAUGCCAACCAAUAUGGCGACUUCGACGAGUGUCUCAGCGUAGAUGGACCGGUCCGAGGGAAAUACUGCCUUGCUAACCUGGAGAUCGACUUCCGAGGAGACGAGAAGAUAGAAACUAUUGACAAGUUGGUCCAUAGUGGGCAUUAUAUUAGAAGCAAUGCUACUGAUAUGGGUCACCGCGUGCCCCGCUACUCCAGCCUGCUGUGGGGUGUAUGCAUCCCCAGCUCGUGCAGCAGCUUCGACCUGGAGGAGGAGCUGGCCUCGCGCCUGCGCCCUCUCAGGAUCUCCGUCAAAGUGCACAACACCAUGUGCUCCGUCAAGAACGCCAAGCGGCCCUACUCUUUUGGGAAGACGCUUUCCAUAACAUUCUUCCUGGCCAUCAUACUUCUACUCAGUCUCGGGACCAUUCUCGACGACGGCAAGGAAGGUUCCACGAACUUCGAGAAACUUCUCAAUGCGUUUUCACUCAAACGUAACCUGAAGAAAGUCUUUGACUUAUCAGAUGAGCCUAGUAGGGUGAAAGGAGUGGAUGCGUUUAGAGGCCUAAACGCGUUUGCCCUUCUAGUAGCCCACAAGUCUAUGGCCAUGGCGCAUAAUCCUUACGUGAACAAAGUUACUUAUUCUGCGGUAUUCGGUAUGCCCUGGGCAGUGGUCGGCCGGUCAGCGAUCCUAUACACGGAUAGCUUUCUCUACCUCAGCGGGUUCCUCAACGCCAACAACUUGCUCCAGGAACUGGAGAGGAAAGGCACCAUUGACAUAAAGAACAGACUCAUCGCGAGGUGGUUUAGACUAUUCCCCCUCUUCCUGAGUCUAAUGCUGUUCUGCACGUACAUCCUGCCCGAUGUCAACAACGGCCCGCAGUGGAACCUGGUGGUGGAAGAGCACAGCCGCGUCUGCGAGAAGAACAUGUGGAAGAGCUUCCUCUUCAUACACAACUACUUCGGAUUUGAAGAUAUGUGUCUCACCCACACGCACCAGAUCGGCAUCGAUAUGCAGUUGUACGUGGCUACGUUACCCCUGAUGCUGGUGCUGUGGAGAUCACGGACCCUGGGCUGGACCCUAGUGAUCGGCAUCGCCGUCGCUUCCACCGUCCUCCGAUACCUCGCCAUCUACGCCUAUAACAUUAGCAUGUUCGUCUAUUUCGGUAUCACAGUGCAGAAACUUCUAGACGCAGCACGUUAUUGCUACAUUCUACCGACACAUCGAGCGACUAUCUAUCUGAUUGGCGUUGCUAUGGCUUACUUCAUGAGGACGAAAAAACUGAACUUCACAUUGUCUUCCAUGCAAACCCGCAUACUCUGGGCGCUUACCAUGGGCAUAAUGGGAUUCACAUUAUGCUACCCGUACCAGAUGGGACUGGAAGGCUACACGUUCGAACCCGGCCCAGCUGCUUCCUUCGCCGCCUUCUCUCCCAUUAUGUGGGGCGUCUACAUGAGCCUCGCCCACUGGGCCAUCUGUAAUAGCUAUACCAAUGAAAAAGCAGCGGCGUUCGUAGAAUCGCGAGUGUUCAAAUUCUUCAACAAGAUUGCAUACGGCGUGUACCUUACUCAGUUCCCCAUCUUCUUCUACAACGUGGGUGUGCAACGACACGCAGAGUUCUACUCGCCGCUGUUGCUUCUGCACAUACCGGAGAUGUUCACAGUGUUCGCUAUCUCAGUGCUCGCCACCGUCGCUGUCGAGAUGCCGUUCAACCAGGUCUACAGAAUAUACUUCGGAAAAUCAAAGACGAAAUUAAAAGACAAAUAGAUGAUGAUGAUAAAAGACUAAUAUUAAUAUGUAAUUAUAGUUAAGAUUUAAUUUAGCCAAGCAUCACGCAUUAGUUCGUAAUUAUUGACUUAUUUUUAUACUGUAACGAUUUUAUAAGAUAUACAUGUUAAGUUAUUGAAAUAAAAAGAAAUCUUUGUAUAUAAA